GGUUAUGUGCAAGCUUUUAUUAUUUGUCAUUAGAAAGUGAAUGUAAUUAUAAUUGUAGAAAGCUUUACUCAAUGCAAUUAAAAACAGACUUAUAGUUCUCAAAUGUAAUGACUACUUCAAGAGCAGUACGUGGCACAAAAGGCCGAAUUUUUGUUUAUAUUUGUGUAGUGUUAAUGAUCACAGGAGUAGUUGUCUGUUACAAUAGCACCCUUUCCCAAUUAGAUGAUAUUCGAAAAGCAAAGGAUCAGUGCCAUCAACAACAAGAGAAUUUGUCCACACAAUUACAAGUUAUAUUUGAUUAUAAGCAAAGACUAGAGAAGUCUCUGAAAACUGAAAAGGCCGAACAUCAACAAACUAAAAGUGAUCUCGAAAAAAAAUUAGCAGAUGAGAAAAUUAAAAGUGAAAAAAUUGUCAAAGAUGAUGAAUUGCAAUUAUCUGCCUUAAAGCAAAAUUACAAGUUAUUAAAAACACAGCAUGAAGAUUUUAAAACUCGAAGCACUAAAACUGAAGAGGAACAACUCAAUCAAAUUAAUGUUCUUAAAGAGAAGCUGAAGAAGUUAGAAUUGGACCACGAGGAAGUAAAGGCCCAAUUACUGAAUUUAAAGCAUGAAAAAGAAAAAUUAGAAGAGCAAUUAAAACAAACAAACACAAAUAUGAAUCCUGAUAGUGAAGCAAAACAAAUAAGGAAUGAAAAUAAUAGUGUGAAGCUAGAAAAUAAAGAAUCAAAGCACACACAAGAGAAAGACUUGGCAGCAUCCAACACUCGCUUUUCAAAACAAAUCAGCAGAGGUGAUGCAGGGUACGAAAUAAGAAAUAAUGGGGGUAAAUCAGAAGCAGAACAAAUGGAUAUUCCAAAUAAUGAAAACAAAGAGAGUGAAAAUGUUUUAGCAGCCCCCAACAAAAAUUUGCAAUCCAGAUCAAGUACAAAAACUACAAUUUUGAAAUCUAAAGUUUUGGAUGAUGCUCAACCCAUCAAUGUACCAACUAUAACCCCAGGUUCCAUUAAAUCAUCACCAGAAACUAACAAUUUUGUUCCAAUGCCUUAUGGCAAGGGGAAUCUUCCAAAUGGAGUCGUACCUCCACCAAACAGUGUUGUUGAGCAACAAAAAGAGGACAACAAUAAUCAUAUAAAACAGGAUAUUAAAGAAACUUUUCCAGAACGAUACCGAAGUAACAUAGAAAAUCAAAAAGAACCAUCUGAUGAAAAUAAAAUCAAAGAAGCACAGUUGAAUGAUAUUAGAAAUCAUCUGAUGGACACCAAAGACGAAAAUAAUGCAAUCGAAGAUGUCGAUUCUCCUCCACACAAAAAUAAUCAGCCAUACGACCCUGCAUUUGCUCUAGACAACAAUCAAAACAACAUCGAUAAAGAUAAACCUGAACAUGAGCAUAUCAUGAGAAUUAAACCCAAUAAUUUUGACGAUCCUGCAGCAGAUUAUGACAGAAAUGGUCAUGAUGCAGCUAUUGAAGAGGAAGAAGAUGAUGAUCUCGAAGAUUAUGGUAAUGGAAUGGGAAACCAGAAAGAACCUGCUGUGAGACAUUAAUUGUCAGUACAUAGAAAAUACUGAAGUACCUAGGAGUAGACAUGCAAGUGCUCAGUAUGGUAUCUGUAAGUUCCUUCAUGUUCUUAGCAUUUUUUUAUAUAAAUAUAAUACCUUCUUUGAGGAAGUCUACAAAAAUUCCAAAUAUUAUUAAAUUCAGUUUCUACAGUUCUCUUAAGAAAUGGGUGUAGUUAAAUGUUUGUGACUAACUUUUUAUGUUACUCUUAUUCUAGAAUAGGCAGAAUCAAAGCUAAUAAGGGGCAGAGUAACCUUAUUCUUUAAAAAAUCGACACCGACGUUUCUGUUUAGGUGUACGAUUUUCUCAAAUCAGGUUUUUGAGUCAGUAAAUAGUUGAUUUCACUUUCUCCGCCAUCUGUAAACAGCGAUUUAAUGUCGCAAAAGCCCACCUUGAGAAAGUUUAAAUUAAAAUGCUAAACGUCGGUGUAGGUUUUAUAAUAAAUCAAUUCAUUUUGUCCUUG